AUGGCUAGUCUAGCGAUGAGGGAAUGGAAGAUGAUGGAGGAUGCCAAUGAAUUUGCUUUACAGCUCGGUGAAUCUUCAGAAAAUGCUACCUUUUUCACCACCAUCGCCCAACCUAACCUUGUUGCAAGAGUAGUUAAAGCACAACUGGGUGAUCCAAUAUCUCCUAGAAGAGGGUUAAUGAGAUUUGGCCAGAGUGGAAAGCUAUCACCUAGAUUCAUCGGCCCCUUUGAUAUCAUUAAGCGGAUUGGAGAAGUUGUAUAUCACCUUGCAUUGUCGCCACAACUCUCCGGCGUCCACAAUAUGUUUCACGUAUCUAUGCUUUGCAAGUAUGAACCCAAUCCCUCUCAUGUGUUAGAUUGGACGGAGAUUAAGAUAGACAAAAAUGUGUCUUAUGAAGAAAAACCACUCCAAAUCUUACUUACUAGAGAGAAAGUUUUGAGGGGUAAAACAAUUCCCUUAGUUAAAGUGUUAUGGCGCCAUCAUGGUGUGGAGGAAGCUACAUGGGAACGUGAAGUGGAGAUUCGCGAGAAAUACACCGACUUAUUUUCUAAAUUGUGA